AUUUGCAAAGAGGACUCCCUUAUCUUUUCAAUACCGCCCCUUUGUUUCGUCAAUCGUCGGCAAAACGGCGUCUGACCGACCUUGGCCUCAGAAACUCUCUGCUCCUCUACCGGUUAACUACCCACUCCCACCGUCCUCCGCCACAGUCAAGCUUCCGGCCUCCGAUCGCCUCCAAGAGAGUAUCAGAUGCAGAAAUUGGGAGAUUUCAAGCUUCCCCAGUUCUUCAAUUACCCUCCGUACUUCACACUCCAACCCGUCAGAGACACCCGAGAGAAGCAGAUACAGCUAUGGAAAGACCUCAUACUCGACUACUGCAAAACCCACCACAUAUUCGUCAUCGGAUUGGAAGACCAAGAAUUUCCGCUCUUCUCUAACCCCGCGAUCGAGCGAUCUCUCACCUACGAAGCCCGGGAAGCCUUCCUCUCGGCGUUGGUGGCGCAGGGCCGGGCGGAGUGGCUGGAUAAGAGCCGCCGAAAGUGCCUUGUGCUAUGGCAUCGGAUUCAGGACUGGGCUAAUAUUGUCCUGGACUUCGUCAAGGACAAUGGAUUGGAGGAUAGUGUGAUGACGGUUGAGGAAAUCCGAACUGGGAUUGAAUCGAGGGGGACGGAGCUUCAUGGGAUUGAUCGGACGGUUCUGAUGAGGGCUUUGAAGAUGCUGGAGCAGAAAGGGAAGCUUGCAAUUUUCAAGGGGACUACCGCAGAUGACGAGGGCGUGAAGUUUUCGAUUUGAUUUUGGUACCCUUGGACUCUUAAUCCAGGUUUAGGAAAAACCCCUUUUGUAUUAUGCUAUGUUUGUUUUGAUUAGAUGAAUUGGUACUUGUGUUCAACAGAUGCUUCAGGCCUAAUCGCUAUGAGAAUAUGAUUUUGGGGAAUCUUCUUUUGUCUCUUUAAUCUUUGCUGCAAUCUACACAGGCAUGCUUUUAUUCA